GAAGAAGAAGAAGAAGAGGAUGAAGAAGAGGAAGAGGAUGAAGAAGAAGAAGAGGAUGAAGAAGAGGAAGAAGAAGCAGAAGAAGAGGAUGAAGAAGUUGAAGAAGAGGAUGAAGAAGAUGAAGAAGAGGAUGAUGAAGAAGAGGAUGAAGAAGAGGAUGAAGAAGAAGAGGAUGAAGAAGAAGAGGAGGAAGAAGAAGAGGAUGCAGAAGAGGAUGAAGAAGAGGAUGAAGAAAAAGAAGAGGAUGAAGAAGAAGAAGAAUUCCAGUCCGGCAAAAAGUGUCCCUGCAGAGAGCUCCGCUAUUUCUUUGACAGUGCUUUGACAUUU